AUGCGCAUUUUUAAGAAUAUUCUCAAAGAAAGUGCAAAUGUGAACACAGUCAACAACUGUUUUUUUAAAAGAUCCCAGCUCAAAGUAUACCACAACACUUCAUACAAAUAUAAGAGUGAAAACACAAUCACAAAUGACAGAGAAAUUAAGAUAAAGAAUAUGAAUUCAUCUGUUCUUUGUAUUUUCUCCAAUAUGUUACUAAAGGAAAAUAUUAAAAAUGACUUUAUUUGGAAAAAAAUCGAACGGAGGUCUUACGAAAUAAUGGAUAAAUUUGAAGUUGGUGAUAUCGCUUCCUUCUUAUUUUGUUUGAGCAAAAUUCGAUAUGAAACAAAUUUAUAUGAAAGUUUUAUUCCAAUUAUAAAAAGAAAAUGUGAAUAUUUUAAUACGUCCAAUUUAGCCAUGCUAAUAUCAACAUAUUCAAAAAGAAAAAAGGAAGACCUAAUCAUAUUGUUAAAAGAAGAAUUAAAAAAAAAAGUUCAUACUAUUUAUAAUGUAGUAGAGAUAUGUAUGAUUUUAAAUGCAUUGGUCAAAUGUAAAAUUUAUGAUGAAAAUUUAUUUAUCAAGCUUAGUAACAUAAUUGUUGAAAAUAUAAUUCAUAAUCAUGUCCACGUUAGGGAUAUAUGUGUAAUUACCUACUGUUAUGCAUGCAUAUCAUAUAAGAACAUGAAUUUUUUCAAAAUUUUAUCACAAAAAAUUGCUCUUCUCAUGGAUGAUGUAAAUUUAGUGGAUAUAUGCAGAAUAUUGUAUUCAUAUAUCAGAAUAAAUAAAAACUUUUAUCACAUAUUAAAACUGUCUGUGUAUAAAUUAGGGAGCGUUAUUGAAAAAAGUACUGUUAGUGAUGUUAUUAACUGUGUUCAUUUUUUACCCAUAUUAAAAGAAGCUGUUGAAGCGCAUAAUGAUGUUACAAGCAAUAGAAAUGAUUUUAUUCAUGUAGACAAAGAGUUUAACUAUAACAUUGAUUAUAUAAACUUGCUUAAUUAUGUAAUAAACAUUUUUAAUGAAAAACUUAUUAGUUAUGUAAAUUUGUUGAGCGCGAAUCAAAUAAGCAACCUUUUUUACAUAUAUUCAAGAUAUAAUUUAUUUAUAAGUUUUUCCAAAAUGAACAUUUUUAUUUCUCAAAUAUGGAAUGUGAAAUUGACAAUUGAAUUAAAAAUUUAUGUUUUGUAUUCAUUAGUAAUACUUUUAAAAAAUUAUGAAAGCAACAACAAUGGUCUAUAUAAUUUUGAUAUGUUGGACAUAAAUAAAAUUUUUAUUCAAGAAAGCCGUGAAAAUUUCGUGGACCAAAAAUAUAAAAAAAAUAGUACCAAAUUCUCAAAUAAGUAUGAUUAUAACGAAAUGAAGAACAGCCUCCUAUAUUGUUUAAAACAAUGGGAAGAUGACAUUAAUUUGUUUAUAAACAACUAUGACUCCUGUUCCAUUCAAGACAUAAUAAAAAUUUUAAAUAUUUUUUUAAUUUUAAGUCAUACACGUAAUUCAAUCAUCUUUAAUAUCAGAAAUUAUAUAAUAAUCAAUUAUAAAAAUAUAAAUGAACAUAAUGCGUACACGUUGAUGUUCUAUUUUCAAAAGUUAAAUGUCAUAAAUGAUGAUGAGGACUUUACACAAAUUCUGAGGAGUAAAAUUAAGUCGUUGAAAUGA